AUGCUCCAAGCAAUCUGGCCGAGCAUCUCACAGGUUACCACACUCCUUUACAACGCAUGUGUCGCCCUGGGAUACCACCCAAGCCCCUUCAAAACAGCAGAGGUAGCGAUGAUCCCGAAACUCAAUAAGAGAGAUCUCAGCGAUAUCUCUGCGUGGCGCCCCAUCUCCCUCCUCUCCUGCCUAUCCAAAGGGCUGGAACGAGUAAUUGGCCGCCGUCUCGCAUAUUUGGCUAUCAAGCACAAGGUCCUCCAUCCUGAUCAGGCCGGAGCACUCCCCAAAAGAAGCGCCACAGACAUUGUCACCGCUCUUGUCUAUGAUGUCGAACGUGCCCUAGGUAAUGGCAAGGUUGCUACUCUCGUCACCAUGGAUGUCAAAGGAGCUUUUGAUGCCAUUCUACCCAACAGACUAGUUCUACGCCUCCGACAAUAA